AUGACGGAAAAGUUCUCCAGCGCCGAAGAGGCCGCACGAGCCCAAAGCCUUCUCGAGGCCCAAAAUAAAGCCGUGGCUCUAUUCGAAGAAAUCGAAAAACAACUACUGCGUCCGGGCAUCAGCGAGAAACAACUGAACCAAGAAAUCUAUGAUCUCGGCGAGCAAAUCGGUGUCCGCUCUCACUGGCAUAAACGGGUUAUCCGAAGCGGCCCAAACACACUAAGUCCCUUCUUGGAGAACCCGCCAGACCGAAUAAUCGAGGCGGACGACAUCCUCGUCGUCGACCUGGGUCCUGUCUUCGAGGCGUGGGAGGCUGAUUUCGGCCGGACCUAUGUCCUCGGCAAUGAUCCGCACAAGAUCCGGCUGCGGGAUGCGCUCGAGCCGAUUUGGUAUAAGGUCAAAAAGCUGUAUUGGGAGAGGCCUGAUAUGACCGGUGAAGAGUUGUACGAUAUUGCUUGUGCUGAGGCUGAGAAGGAAGGGUUCAAAUUUGGUGCGGACUUGGCGGGACAUAUUGUUGGGUCGUUCCCUCAUGAGCGGAUUCCGCAGGAUAAGAUCAAGCUUUAUGUGAAGAAGGGGAAUUCAGAGAAGAUCAGUUCGGUUGGGAAGGAUGGUCAUAAGCGGCAUUGGAUUUUGGAGAUUCAUCUUCAUGAUCCUGUUCAUGGAUUUGGUGGCUUCUAUGAACAGCUGAUGACUAUUCAUUAA